AUGAUCACCACUGAGUGCGGCUACAAGGUCUUGCUUUGUAUCUACCUCAUGUUCCGGGGGGUGCGACAGUACCUCACCCUCAAGGUGGUGAUGCUGCCGUACGCAGUUGGCUACAUGCUCCAUUUCAUCCUCGGCCACUUCGUUCCCAUCGAGGACAACGAGCGCGCUGAGGGCUGCAACGUGGUGAGCAGCUUGUUUUCGGAUCUCGGCCGCUUUCUAUGCUUUGUCCUCGUCGUGUCCAUUUCCAUGAAGGUCGACAACGCUUCGAGCGUGAUGUACGACUGGGAGGCUGCGUUCUGGCCGUGUUGGGGUUUGGAGGGCGUGAUUGCCCUGGUGGUUCUGUUGGUGUUGCCUGCCUGUGUGCUCUCCACGAUGGUGGACCGGCGGAAGCUGAUGAUGCUCACCUGGGUCGUUCUUGCCGGUCUGGGCCUGGGGGCUGUGAGCUUCGUCUCCAUGUACAAUAUUGCCUUCAUCUUGGACAACAAGACUUGCUCAACGCCCCCUUACACCCCGUCCACGGCAAGCGGACCGACGGAGUGCUCACAGCGACUCCAGCUUUCCAUCUGGCCAUGGUUAAUUUUCCUGCCAAGCUUCGGCAUUGUCACCACUCUGGCCAAGCGCCCGCUGUCGCUGGCGCUGCACGAUGCCUGGUACCAGCCGGGCAGAGGUCCCGAGGUCUAUCCGCCUUCCAUUGUGCAGCGGGACCUGCCGGCCCCCCGAGUUCUGUUCCGAGUCACUGCGACCUACUACUCGCGACACUGGGAGGCGGCCUUGGAAGCAGAAACACCUCCCGCUACCGGGUCGGCGGUGGCGUCCAUCGCGAGGAUCUCGCUGGACCCCUCGGCGUCGAUUCUCUCCGCGCGCGGGGCGAACUACGAGGAGAUAGUAGAGUCUGAGCAGCUCUGCUUCAUCUGCUACGACCAGGUACCUCAGGCAGUGCUCUUGGAGUGCGGGCACGCAGGAAUGUGCGUCUCCUGCGCCCUGCAGCUGCUGGAGCGAAGGGCGAGCCAGGCAACCUGUGCGAUCUGCCGCAACCCAAUCAGCAACGUCGUGCGACUGCGCGCUGACAUGUCGCUGCCGAGCAGCCUCUUUGCUCGGCCGCGCCAGUCGGGCGCUUCCUCGAGGUCGCAGUCCGCGGCAUUGCUAGAGGCAGGCAACCUGGGCGCGGGAAGCUCGGAGCGUGAGGUGUGGCCAGCAGCCGCCAAGCGUGCAGCGGUGGUGGUCGAAGUGGUUCACAGGCAGACUGCUGGCCGCUGGUGGAUACCCUCUCUGCUUCGUUGA